CUCGGGUAACAGGAGGAGACGCGGCAACCUCCGACGGUGGCGAUGCAGCUGCGACACGUUCGGACUCUACUUACUCCACAGGAUGGGGCAGCCAAAGUUACCUGCAUGGCCUGGGCCCCAAAUAAUGCCAAAUUUGCCGUUUGCACAGUGGAUCGCGUGGUUCUCUUAUAUGAUGAACAGGGUGAGCGUAGGGACAAGUUUUCCACCAAGCCUGCAGAUGCUAAGUAUGGCAGGAAGAGCUAUGUGGUAAAAGGAAUGGCAUUUUCCCCAGAUUCUACUAAGAUUGCUGUUGGGCAGUCAGACAACAUAAUCUUUGUAUACAAAAUUGGGGAAGAAUGGGGUGACAAAAAGGUGAUCUGCAACAAGUUUAUUCAGACGAGUGCUGUGACAUGUUUGCUAUGGCCGGAGGAGAAUACCAUUGUGUUUGGGCUUGUUGAAGGCAAGAUUCGUUUAGCUAACACCAAGACCAACAAAUCCUCUACCAUUUAUGGAACAGAUUCCUAUGUGGUGUCAUUGGCCUCCAAUGUCUCGGGGAAGGGAAUCCUCUCUGGACAUGCAGAUGGAACCAUUGUGCGUUACUUUUUUGAUGAUGAAGGCUCUGGGGAAUCACAGGGCAAAUUGGUGGUGCACCCCUGUCCCCCUUAUGCCUUGGCAUGGGCAUCCAACAGCAUUGUGGCUUGCGGCUGUGACAGAAAGAUUGUGGCCUAUGGGAAAGAAGGGCAUGUGAUCCAAACCUUUGACUACAGUCGAGAUGCUUCAGAGAAGGAGUUCACUGUUGCAGCUUCCAGUCCAGGGGGCCAAUCAGUAGUAAUUGGCAGUUUUGACAGGCUGAGAGUGUUGAACUGGAGUCCUCGUCGCAGUGCAUGGGAGGAAGCCAAGCCCAAGGAGAUUUCUCAUCUAUAUACCAUCACAGCGUUGGCCUGGAAACGGGAUGGUUCACGACUCUGUGCGGGUACCCUGUGUGGUGGAGUGGAACAGUUUGACUGCUGCCUUCGCAGGAGCAUUUACAAGAACAAAUUUGAAAUGACAUAUGUAGGGCCAAGCCAGGUCAUUGUGAAGAAUUUGUCCACUGGUAUGCGAGUAGUUUUGAAAUCUCAUUAUGGCUAUGAAAUUGAUGAGGUGAAAAUCCUGGGAAAGGAACGCUACCUUGUUGCCCACACCUCAGAUACACUGCUUCUUGGUGACCUGAAUUCCACCAAACUCAGUGAGGUGGCCUGGCAGGGAUCUGGUGGGAAUGAGAAGUUUUUCUUUGACAAUGAAAAUGUCUGCAUGAUCUUCAAUGCAGGAGAAUUGACUGUAGUGGAAUAUGGGAGUAAUGAGAUUUUGGGUUCUGUGCGCACUGAGUUUAUGAAUCCCCAUCUCAUCAGCGUCCGACUCAAUGAGAGGAGGCAACGUGGAACUGAGGAGAACAAACAACUGGCCUAUUUAGUUGACAUUAAGACCAUUGCAGUAGUGGACCUUGUGGCCAGCUAUAAUAUUGGCACUAUCAGCCAUGACAGCAAGAUUGACUGGCUGGAGCUGAAUGAAACUGGCCAUAAAUUGCUUUUCCGGGAUAAAAAGAUGAAGCUGCAUCUCUAUGACAUUGACAAUGCUGUAAAGACCACCAUCCUUAGCUACUGUUCCUAUGUGCAAUGGGUUCCAGGGAGUGACGUGGUGGUAGCCCAGAAUCGAAACAGUCUCUGUGUAUGGUAUAAUAUUGAUACACCAGAACGAGUGACCAUGUUCCCCAUGAAGGGUGAUAUUGUGGACUUGGAGAGGAGCAACGGGAAGACAGAAGUGAUUGUGACUGAGGGUGUAAAUACCGUGUCCUACACUUUGGAUGAGGGGCUCAUUGAGUUUGGAACUGCAAUUGAUGAUGGUGACUACCAUAGAGCUGUAGCUUUCUUAGAAACAUUGGAGAUGUCUGCUGAGACAGAGGCCAUGUGGAAGACAUUAAGUCGACUAACAUUGGAGGCCAGACAGCUGCAUAUUGCUGAAAGGUGUUUUGCUGCUCUUGGGCAAGUAUCCAAGGCUCGAUUUCUCCAUGAAACCAAUGAGAUUGCUGACCAAGUGGCCAAGGAAUACGGAGGGGAUGGCACAGACUAUUAUCAAGUCCGAGUCCGCCUGGCUAUGUUAGAAAAAAACUACAAGCUGGCAGAGAUGAUCUUUCUGGAGCAGAAUGCUGUGGAGGAGGCCAUGGAGAUGUAUCAAGAGCUUCACAUGUGGGAUGAAUGCAUCUCGGUGGCAGAGGCAAAAAACCAUCCCGCAUUAGAAAAAUUGCGUCAAAGCUAUUACGAGUGGCUGCUGCAGACCCAGCAGGAGGAGCGGGCUGCUGAGGUACAGGAGAUCCAAGGGGACCUGCAAGCAGCCAUUGGCCUCUACCUGAAGGCUGGGCUUCCGGCUAAAGCAGCACAGCUGACCAUGGACCGAGAGGAGCUGCUGGCUAAUACCGACCUAAUCAAUCGUAUUGCUACAGCCCUCGUUCGGGGAGAGCUUUUUGAGCAGGCUGGGGAACUCUUUGAAAAAAUUCGGAAUCCACAAAGAGCCCUGGAGUGCUAUCGCAAGGGCAACUCAUUUUUGAAAGCUGUAGAACUUUCUCGUUCAGUUUUUCCAGCGGAAGUGGUAAAACUGGAGGAGGGCUGGGGAGAUCACCUUGUACAACAGAAGCAACUAGAUGCAGCUAUCAAUCACUACAUUGAGGCCAGGUGUGCUAUCAAGGCCAUUGAAGCAGCCAUUGGGGCUCGGCAGUGGAAGAAAGCUAUAUACAUUCUUGACAUGCAGGAUAGGAAAACAGCAGCCAAGUAUUACCCCAAAAUUGCCCAGCACUAUGCAGCCUUGCAAGAGUAUGAGAUAGCAGAGGAGCUGUAUAUCAAAGGAGACCACAUCAAGGAUGCCAUUGAUAUGUACACCCAAGCUGGACAUUGGGAGAAGGCACAUAAGCUGGCAUCAAAAUGUAUGAAGCCAGAGGAUGUGUCAGUGCUGUACAUUACACAAGCUCAGGAGCUGGAGCGACAGGGAAAAUACAAGGAGGCUGAGAGGCUCUACAUAACUGUGGAUGAACCAGACUUGGCUAUUACGAUGUACAAGAAUUGCAAGAUGUAUGAUGAGAUGAUUCGCCUGCUGGCCAAAUACCACAAGGACCUGCUGAGCGAUACACAUUUGCACUUGGGCAAGGAACUGGAAGCUGACGGGCAUCUGCAGGAGGCUGAAUAUCACUACCUUGAAGCCAAGGAUUGGAAGGCAGCUGUAAACAUGUAUCGUGUGAACAAUAUGUGGGAUGAGGCCUACAGGGUAGCAAAAGCUCACGGUGGAGCAAAUUCUCACAAGCAUGUGGCCUUCUUGUGGGCAAAGAGCCUUGGUGGAGAGGCUGCAGUGAAACUCCUCAACAAAUUUGGACUUCUGGAAAUGGCCAUUGACCAUGCAGCUGACAACAACAUUUUUGAUUUUGCCUUUGAGUUGGCUAGACUCUCCCUGAAGCAGAAACUACCUGAGAUCCACUUCAAAUAUGGCUCUUUCCUGGAAGAUGAGGGCAAGUUUGAAGAGGCAGAGGUGGAGUUUGUAAAGGCCGGGAAACCUAAAGAGGCAGUUCUAAUGUAUGCUCAUGCCCAGAACUGGGCUGCUGCCCAGCGAGUAGCUGAAGUCCACGACCCAGAGAGUGUAGUGAUUGUGCUAGUUGGCCAAGCUGAUGCUGCCUUCAAGCAAAAAGAGUUCCAGAAAGCAGAAGCUUUGUUGCUGCGGGCUCAGCGACUUGACCUUGCUGUGAAACACUACAAGGAAGCUGCUAUGUGGACUGAUGCUCUCCGAAUCUGUAAAGAAUUUUUACCUGGAGAUCUGGAGGCUCUACAGGAAGAGUAUGAACGGGAGGUGGCUAAAAAAGGACCCAGGGGCACUGAGGGCCUCCUGGAGCAGGCCCGUGAGUGGGAGCAAGCAGGCGAAUACGCCAGAGCUGUGGACUGCUAUCUCAAGGUGCGGGACCCCAGCAACAAUGCAUUGAUGGAAAAAUGUUCCAUGAAGGCAGCUGAACUUUCUAUCAAGUUUCUUGGCCAGCCACGGAGCGUUGAAGUGAUGAGGACAGUGGGACCCCAGCUGGUCAGCAUUGGCAAGUUCAGCGUGGCGGUAGAGCUAUACCUCAACCUUGAUCUAAUCAAGGAAGCCAUCGAUGCCCUCAUGGAGGGGGAAGAGUGGAACAAAGCUAAGUGUGUGGCCAAAGAGCUUGACCCCAGAUAUGAAGAAUAUGUGGAUCAACAUUAUAAAGAAUAUCUCAAGAAUCAAGGCAAAGUAGAUUCGCUUGUGGGCGUGGAUGUUAUGGCUGCCCUCGAUAUGUAUGUGGAAAGGGGGCAGUGGGAGAAGUGCCUGGAGACAGCUGCCAAGCAGAACUAUAAAGUGCUGCAUAAAUAUGUGGCUCUUUAUGCCACAUACUUGAUCCGCGAGAACAGUUGGGACAAAGUCUUGAGCCUCUAUGUUCAGAAUGGUGCUCCUGCCAAUGCCCAGAAUUUCAAUAUUUAUAAACGACUAUUUGUGGAGAUAGUGAAUGCAGCCAAUAUGAAUCGGCCAGAGGCUUAUCACAGCUGGGCUGAUUUGCGGGACCUGCUUUUCAACCUGUGUGAAAAUUUAGGGAAAUCAAAUGAAGCCAACUCACCAGCUCAUGAGGAGUUUGAAACCAUGUUGCUUAUAUCCCACUACUAUGCUACACGAUCUGCAGCCCAAAGCAUCAAACAGCUGGAAACUGUGGCAGCCAAGCUCUCCAUCUCUUUGUUGCGCCAUACUGAGAUCAUUCCAGCAGACAAGGCCUUCUAUGAAGCAGGGACAGCAGCUAAGGCUGUUGGUUGGCAGAACAUGGCUUUUAUCUUCCUAAACCGUUUCCUUGAUUUGACUGAUGCAAUUGAAGAGGGCUCCCUUGAUGCUCUAGACCACUCAGACUUCCAGAAUACAGACAUCCCUUUUGAAGUGCCACUGCCUGCCAAGCCACAUAUCUCAGAAGACCAGCGUGAGGAGAUCCGUGACUGGGUUCUCACUGUCUCCAUGGAUCAGCGGUUGGAACAGGUGUUACCGCAAGAUGAACGUGAUACUUACGAAGCUUCUCUGGUAGCGGCGAGCACAGGUGUGCGCUCCCUGCCCUGCCUUAUCACAGGCUAUCCUGUACUAAGAAAUAAGGUGGAAUUCAAGUGUCCUGGCAAAGAGGCAAACAAGGAAAGCUGGAACAAGUUUUUGAUGGCAGUCAAGAUGUCACACAGCCCCCCCUGCCAGGAUGUUCUCAAGUUCAUCAGCCAGUGGUGUGGAGGGCUGCCCAGCACCAGCUUCUCCUUCCAGUGACCACCUCAGCCAGAGCAUUUCCUUAAGUCUUCAACCCCCUUUAGAUAUUUAUUCUCCCAUAUUAAAUAUCUUGUUUAUAUAAUGGUAUUGUCUGCCUUCUUUACUUGAUGUAAUUAUUAUCCGGUAUGUCAAAUGUCCUGCAACUCUAGAAACUCAAGAGAGAUGACAAAAGAUAACAGUACGAAAGGGGAGGCUGUGGAAAAUUGGAUUAUAAUGGUCAUUCUGCAUUGGAACAAAGCUCACUUUGGCACAGGAUUACUUUUCCAAUGGAGCCAAUAGGCAACUGCCUCCAAUCUGUAAUCAUUUGGCUAGUGUGAACUAUAUGUUUAAGUUUGUGGUUUUCUUCCAACUGAUCUAAAGGCAUUAGAUGAGGAAGCCUAUUUUAAAGACUGAUUAUUUUCUCUAAAAGCCAAGCAGGGUCAAACCUGUUUGGUACUUGUAGUGGAGGCCACUAAGACAUUUCAAGGCUAUAAGCUAACUUGGAUUUUUUUAUUUUUUUUAAAAAAUCAUCCUUCAAGAAACCAUUAGUGAAUGAAUUCAUGAAGGCAUCUGGAGUUGAGUUCAAUUCAGAGACAUUUACCUUGACUUGAAAACAGAAACACCCAUAAUUAAAACUGUAAAUAACUGUAACUGUAGUGUGUAAUAUAUACCAUGCAGAAAUUAAAGGAGGUUAAGCCAAUAAUAAAAAUGACAGAACAAGAGUAUCGGAAUAAUAAAUUAAAAUAUCACAUUUCUGAUGCUACUUCACAAAUUGCCUGGGCCUCUGGCCCAUUGGAAAAACAAGAUUUUAAAGCUUCCCUAAAGGACAAGAAAAUUGGGUACCAUGCAGGUAUCAGGGAAAUGCUGUUCUAAAGGGCAGGAAGAACAGAGAGAAGACAUAUUUCUUCAGGUUCUUAUUAGAUGGACAUUAUUUUAUUGAUGUUUCAUGUAGAAUGCCAAUCUUACCAGACUUUACAAUUGGAGAAAGGUAGUGUUGCAACUAUCCAUGCCCUAAGCCACGUAGCUGUGAUGUGUCCAUAUAUACAAAGAUAAAACUUGUACAAGACAUGGUAUUCCCUGUCACUCCCUAUGUUUCAUUUCCUGUGGAACCGGAACAUUGAAGAAUCAAGAAAGGAAGAGUUUGAACUUUGAUGUUAGAGAAGAUUUCUGAGAAUAUUGGGGCCAAGAAAAUAAACCAACGGAUCAUCCGACAAAUCAACCCAGAGUUCUCACUUGCACAAAUUCUUCUAUUUUUGACAUAUUAUACAAGACCUAACUCUCUGGAGAAGCUCCAUCUCCAAGAAAGGUGGAAGGAAAAAGAAGAUGAUGAUCAGUAGCAAGUUCAGUUAUAGAAUGCACCUUUGGGAGUUCUAAAAAAAGAGCCAUGGGCUGUCAAGGGAAAACAUGGUCAUUAGGAGUCAAAAAUGAUUUGAUCAAUCAAUUGAAGCAAUAUAGAUAUCAACCAGCACCAUGAGUUGCAGUGGGAAGCUAGCUGUAAAGUCAUAACUGAUACAUAAGAAGUAAGGGUCCUUCUGACAUGCUUCCACUUACUUCUUAAGAGAUGCAAAUCUAGAAAGAGCUUCUGAUGACAUAUUUUUUCCCUCUGGGGAAGUGCAACAUCAUCCAGAUCUAAAGCUGAAAAGCUAUUUGAAAUAAAUGAACUUGGAAUCCAUACCCACAGUGUUGCUGGGGUUGAGUCCAAACCUGCUCCUCACUAUUCAGAUCUUAACAACCUCCAAGCUAUGUGAAAACUGUGAGCUAGUUAGCUGAAGCUAUAUAUUUUCUUGUAAGUCAGGCAUUGGAAGCCUUAUCUGCAACUUUGUUUAGUCCCCACAACAGGUGUUUAUGCCUCCUGGUGAGACCAGUUAAUCCUUCAGAAAGUUUCCAAUUACUAAGCAACCAUACUGUCACUGUGCUAUUCUUAACAUGGCAACAAAGUGCUUCCUACUGAUUUUAGGUGGUUGGCGAAUACUGAUGUGCUAAUGAGAGUCAAGGCUUUUCUGUAGUUUCAAGGUGCAGAAUGCAAUAGGACUACUUUUUCCCCAUACUUCACCCAUUUCACAUAGAAAGCAGUGAUUAUCAUGCUGUGUAGAAUAAGUCUGAAUUCAGCACACGUUUACAUUCCAAAUUCAUUUUUUUCAUUCCAAUUUGACCAUGUGUUCCAACCUUAGAACACUUCCCAAAAGAUCAAAACUUGCUCUUUCAAUCUUGAAGUCACUUACAUUCAAACUGUUUUGCAUACCAAGUGCUGAUGCAAUACUCUUAAGCCUCUUGCACUAGAGACUUGUGUUCUUACCCUUUGAGGUUUCAAUUAAAUAGAAUGAUAUAGGUAAGGAGCUAACACCUGGUCCCCAAGUCCAAUUCAGCUGACUGAUGCAACCCAUGUGAUGCUAUACAUUAAAAGGGAGCAAGAGCUGCAACUUAGAGUCUGCAUAUUCACCAUUAGACAGAAUUGUAAGUACCUUUUAUCUGUAUCAGGAGCUGCAUAAGAUAAAAGUAAUCAGCUACUUAGAAGCUGAGGACUUGGCAGCACAAGGAUACAACAACCAAUCACUGGCUGUCAACAUAUCAAUCAACCAAUAGGAAAGCACCACACAAACACAGAACAGCUCAAAGCACGUAUUCUGGUAGAGAGAAGUUCCCUGAGGAUGGGCUCUAACAUGAGUCUGAAAGCUCAGAAGACUAAACCUCUGGUCCCAGGGAGGAACCCAAACUGGAUCUUGCAAUUAUCCUGGGACACAUAUAUUUGUCUUCAUUCGUAAAAGCAAUCAUCUCAACACUGGAAAUUUUUUUCCUGUUCCACAUAGAAUUGUUAAUACGGGGAGGUCUUCAGAUGUGAGCCUACAUAAAAUAGGAUCUUCUUCAGAUGUUACCUAGACAUGCCUGCAAAAAAAACAAACUCAGAGAAGUCACACAACCCAGAACCUAAUAAUAUUUGCUGUAGAACAUAGUUCCCAGAAAGCAAGAGAGCAUUUUUCUUGCCUUUUUAAAGCAAAAGCUGGCUAAAAUUGUGAGCAUUUUUUUGGUGAAUAAGCAGAGGCCAAAGAGAGGUUUAGAUUCAACCUGGAUGAGAUAAUCCCUUUUAAAAUAUGAAAGCAGAAAUCAAGAAACUUCAGGAGUACAAACAGCCCAACAACCAACCACUCCUGCCCUUUCCCAAUGAGCAGGAGAUUGCCUUAAGUGGCUCCUUUUAACUCUGUGAUUCCAAUUCCCAGAUUCUAAUCACAAACAGGUUGCAGUUAAUUAUUUACAAAACAAUUUAUUAAAAAUAGGAACAGAAAUGACACUUGGAACAGCUCCAGCACAGGAAGAGUUGAAUUUCUCUGAUAAACUGGCCCCAAGCCUGCAGG